GGUUCUGCAACCUUAUCCAUGGCCUAUGCUGGAGCAAGAUUCGUGUUUUCGGUAAGAAAAAUAAGCCAUUUACAAAUUGCGGUCUAGUUGACUAGUCCUGAAGAACAGUACCAUCAAGUUCAGGCUUCGUUUCUAAAUUCACUAUAGAAACAUUACAACUUUGCCUCGUUCUAAGGCUAUUAUCUGUGGGCAUUCGAUCAUGAUUUCGAAAAGGUCUUUUGGUUUGUCCAGAAAACUCUCAUGCAAACUCUCGCUUCUCAACUCUCAUCAACUCUCAUGCAACUCUUGUUCACGUUUGACCAGGACAUGAGAGUUGAAAAAACUCUCGUGCAAACUCUCGCUUCUCAACUCUCAUCAACUCUCAUGCAACUCUUGUUCUCGUUUGACCGGGACAUGAGAGUUGAGAAAACUCAACUCUCUUCAACUCUCAUGCAACUCUUGUUCACGUUUGACCAGGACAUGAGAGUUGAAAAAACUCUCGUGCAAACUCUCGCUUCUCAACUCUCAUCAACUCUCAUGCAACUCUUGUUCUCGUUUGACCGGGACAUGAGAGUUGAGAAAACUCAACUCUCUUCAACUCUCAUGCAACUCUUGUUCACGUUUGACCAGGACAUGAGAGUUGAAAAAACUCUCGUGCAAACUCUCGCUUCUCAACUCUCAUCAACUCUCAUGCAACUCUUGUUCUCGUUUGACCGGGACAUGAGAGUUGAGAAAACUCAACUCUCUUCAACUCUCAUGCAACUCUUGUUCACGUUUGACCAGGACAUGAGAGUUGAAAAAACUCUCGUGCAAACUCUCGCUUCUCAACUCUCAUCAACUCUCAUGCAACUCUUGUUCUCGUUUGACCGGGACAUGAGAGUUGAGAAAACUCAACUCUCUUCAACUCUCAUGCAACUCUUGUUCACGUUUGACCAGGACAUGAGAGUUGAAAAAACUCUCGUGCAAACUCUCGCUUCUCAACUCUCAUCAACUCUCAUGCAACUCUUGUUCUCGUUUGACCGGGACAUGAGAGUUGAGAAAACUCAACUCUCUUCAACUCUCAUGCAACUCUUGUUCACGUUUGACCAGGACAUGAGAGUUGAAAAAACUCUCGUGCAAACUCUCGCUUCUCAACUCUCAUCAACUCUCAUGCAACUUUUGUUCUCGUUUGACCGGAACAUAAGAGUUAAGGAAACUGUCAUUGAAACUCUCGCUUCUCAACUUUCAUCAACUCUCAUGCAACUCUUGUUCUCGUUUGACCGGGACAUGAAAGUUGAGAAAACUGUCACGCAAACUCUCGCUUCUCAACUCUCAUCAACUCCCAUGCAACUCUUGUUCUCGUUUGACCGGGACAUGAGAAUUGAAAAAACUCUCGCUUCUCAACUCUCAUCAACUUUCAUGCAACUCUUGUUCUCGUUUGACCGGGACAUGAGAGUUGAAAAAACUCUCGCUUCUCAACUCUCGUCAACUCUUGUUCUUGUUUGACCAGGGCUUAAGCCACUAUAGGCCUUAGUUGAAAUUUAAACAAUCAUUAAUGAUGUUUCAGUUGUUGAAAGCUUUACGUGGAGAUUCUGGGAUCAUUGAGUGUGGAUUUGUUGCGUCUGAAGUCACAGAAGCGAAGUAUUUCUCAACACCGCUGGAACUGGGG